AUGGCAGAUGGGUGGAUUGAUCAAAGGCAACGAACUUUAAUUAACUUUCUAAUUUAUUGUCCUGCUGGUAUGUCAUUUGUUAAGUCUGUUGAUACUUCUGAUGUUAUAAAAAUUGCCGAUACCUUGUUUAAUUUUUUUGUUGGUGUUAUUGAGUGGGUUGGGUCUGGUAACAUUGUGCAUGUGGUCACUGAUAAUGCUACUAAUUAUGUAUCUGCUGCAAAAUUCAUUCAUAAAAAAUAUCCAAACAUUUUUUGGUCUCCUUAUGCUGCCCAUUGUAUCAAUCUUAUUUUGAAAGAUAUUACAAGUAUUCCUCAUAUAUCUGACCUUGCUUCCUGUGCUUCAAAAGUGAAUGUGUUUGUUUACAAUCAUAUGAUCUUCUUGUCUUGGCUUAGAAAAAGAAAAAGUUGGAAAGAAAUUGUUCGACCAGGAGUCACACGUUUUACCACUAUUUUCAUUACUUUGAAAAGUAUAUAUGAUCACAAAGAAGAUUUGCAAGCAUUGAUGGUGGAUAAAUAUUUCACUUCUCAUAAAUUAGCCAAAAGUGCUAAUGGAAAGAUUGUUAGUUCAAUUGUCUUGGAUAGUAAGUUUUGCCAAGAUUGUGUUACCAUUGUGAAAAUUGUUGAUCCUCUUAUUAACUUGUUGAGGAUUAUUGAUGCUGAUGAGAAACCCUCUUUGAGAUAUGUGUAUGAAGGCAUGCAAAUAGUCAAAAAUGAUAACAAGACAAUGUUUAGAAAUCGAAAAGUUACUUAUAUGCCAUACACAAAAGAGAACGAUCCUGAAUUUAAUAAUGGAGAUGUUGAAGGCAUUGAAAGUUUAAUAUACACUGAUAAUACUAUGCCUUCGUAUCCUAAUGAUGGAGGAGACAUGGAAGUUGAAGUGAAUAUGCCUGAUGUUGUGAUUGAAUCCUUAAAUACUUCUUUUGGUGGUACUUUUGAAGAUGGUAGCUUUGGAUUACCUGUUUAUGAUGGAGACAUCGGAACACUUAAUGAUGAUUAUGACUUUUAA